AGCAGUACAGUGGGCAUGAUGAUGAUGAGACCUGCAGGUGAAACGAGUAGUCUAGAACUGAGCAGUGGCGCAAAGAGAGGUAGCUAAGCUAGAUUGUGAUGGUCAUGAAUCGAUAGAUAUAUGAUAUAGGAGGAGCAAGGAAGAUGAUGAGAGAUAAUGAAGAAGAAGAAGAAGGAGGCGCGGUUGGUGGGUCAGGUAGCAGAUGCCAAGACUGCGGAAACCAAGCCAAGAAAGACUGUUCUUUCCUGCGAUGCAGAAGUUGCUGUAAGAGCCGAGGGUUUCAGUGCCCUACUCACGUCAAGAGCACUUGGGUUCCCGUCUCUAGACGUCGCCCCAGACACUUGGCUAUUCACCAAACUUCUUUCUCCAAACGCACCAGACAAUUACCUAUACAAACUCCCCCAUUUUCAGGUUCGGAAGUAGAAAGGAAUUUCCCGGCGGAGGUGAGUCUUCCGGCGGAAUUCCGAUGCGUUCGUCUGAGCUCCGUGGGCAAUGAGGUCGACCAGUUCGCGUAUCAGUCCACAGUCACCAUAGCCGGCCGUGUUUUCAAGGGGAUUCUAUACGAUCAAGGCCCCGAGAGCCGUUACGAUGUCACCGGCGAGAGCUCCUCUGCCGGCGUGCAACAUCAUAAUCUAAUUACAGCUGCCGCCGUCGCCGACGGUGGUGCAACUACUGCUGCGUCUCCGCAUCCUUACCCUAGUCCUUUUAGUACUUUUAUGCCCCCCGGUACGCAUUUCUUCUCGUACCCAAAAUCCUAAGCAUAAAUGAUGUUUUUUUUUUUUUUUUUUUUUUUUUUUUUUUUUUUUUUGGGCUGCAUUUAACAAAACAAUAUAUUACACAAAAACAAGGCAAAUGCCACGAGAGCGUA